GUAUCUGCGAAGUUGGGUUUUUCUCCCUUUGGUCGGAUAGAUGAAAACAUUGUCAUUGUGGUGGUUUGGGGUUGUUUAGAAAAGGUCCUUGUGAUUUUUGGAUAUUGUGUGAAAAAAUUCCGUCAUGCUGAAGGCAACAGCGAAGAGUACAAUCGGGUUUGGAUCCCUGAUAAUGAAGAAGUUUGGCAGUCUGCAGAAAUCACAAAAAACUACAAAGCUGGAGACCGUUUUCUCCAUGUGCAAUUAGAAGAUGGAACUGAACUGAAUUACCCUGUUGAUCCAACUGCUUUGCCACCACUACGAAAUCCUGACAUACUUGUUGGUGAAAAUGAUCUUACUGCACUUAGUUAUCUCCAUGAACCAGCUGUUCUACACAAUCUUAAAGUUCGUUUUGUGGAGUCUAAGCUUAUCUACACCUAUAGUGGAAUAAUUUUGGUUGCAAUAAACCCCUAUAAACAGUUGCCGAUAUAUGGAGAUGCUAUUAUCCAUGCAUACAGUGGACAAAACAUGGGGGACAUGGAUCCACAUAUAUUUGCUGUGGCAGAAGAAGCAUACAAGCAAAUGGCAAGAAAUAACAAAAAUCAGUCUAUUAUAGUCAGUGGAGAAUCAGGAGCUGGAAAGACUGUGUCUGCGAGAUACACUAUGAGAUACUUCGCCACUGUGAGUAAGUCCAGCAGCAAUGCACAUGUGGAGGAUAAAGUACUGGCAUCCAAUCCAAUAACUGAGGCUGUUGGCAAUGCAAAAACGACACGGAACGAUAAUAGCAGUCGAUUUGGAAAAUACACUGAAAUCAGUUUUGAUCAGAGUUACCAAAUCAUUGGAGCCAACAUGAGAACAUACCUGCUUGAGAAAUCCAGAGUUGUCUUUCAGUCAGAGAAUGAGAGAAACUACCAUAUAUUUUAUCAGUUAUGUGCAUCUGCUAUGCAACCUGAAUUUAAGCAUCUUAAAUUGGGAAGUGCAGAAGAAUUUACCUACACAAGAAUGGGUGGAAGCACCGUAAUAGAAGGAGUUGAUGACAGAGCAAAUAUGGUGGAGACUCAGAAGACAUUUGCCUUACUGGGUCUGAAGGAGGAUUUUCAGAUGGAUGUUUUUAAAAUGCUGGCGGCAAUCCUACACUUAGGCAAUGUGGAAAUAACAGCUGUUGGAGAUGAAAGAUCAUCUAUCAGCCUGGAAGAUAAACAUCUCAAUACAUUCUGUGAACUUCUGGAUUUAAACUGUGACAAAAUGGCACAAUGGUUGUGCCACCGAACAAUUAUCACUACCUCAGAGACUGUAAUAAAGCCAAUGACAAGAGCUCAGGCUGUAAAUGCAAGGGAUGCUCUGGCAAAGAAGAUCUAUUCUCAUUUAUUUGACUUUAUUGUGGAAAGAAUUAACCAAGCUUUGCAGUUCUCUGGCAAACAACAUACUUUUAUUGGCGUUUUGGACAUAUAUGGCUUUGAAACGUUUGAUGUGAACAGUUUUGAACAGUUUUGCAUCAAUUAUGCUAAUGAAAAACUGCAACAGCAAUUCAACCUGCAUGUCUUUAAACUUGAACAAGAAGAAUAUAUGAAGGAAGAUAUCCCGUGGACUUUAAUAGACUUCUAUGACAACCAGCCUGUCAUUGACCUUAUUGAAGCUAAAAUGGGAAUUUUAGAACUUCUGGAUGAAGAGUGCUUGUUACCUCAUGGAACAGACGAAAACUGGCUUCAAAAGCUAUACAAUAAUUUUGUCAAUAAAAAUGCACUCUUUGAAAAGCCAAGGAUGUCAAGCACAUCUUUCAUCAUUCAACACUUUGCUGAUAAGGUAGAAUAUAAAUGUGAAGGAUUUCUGGAAAAAAACAGAGAUACAGUACAUGAAGUAUUGGUUGAAAUCUUGAGAGAGAGCAAGGUUUGUGAACAAAACAAUCUGGUGUCCGUUUCACCUUUCCGUUCAACUUUAAACAUCAAACCUGCAAGACCUGUUCUCAAGUCACCUAACAGACAGCUCCGGAUGACUGUUGGCAGUAAGUUCCGGAGUUCUUUGUCUUUACUUAUGGUGACACUCAAUGCAACCACCCCUCAUUAUGUACGAUGCAUAAAGCCAAAUGAUGAGAAGUUGCCUUUUGAGUUUUAUUCAAAAAGAGUGGCUCAGCAACUGCGAGCAUGUGGUGUUUUGGAAACUAUUCGGAUUAGUGCACAGAGCUACCCAUCCAGGUGGACUUACAUUGAGUUUUUCAGCCGUUACAGCAUUCUUAUGACACAGCAGGAACUCUCCAUAAGCGAUAAGAAGCAGAUUUGCAAGAUUGUUUUGCAUCGGCUAAUCCAGGAUCAUAACCAGUAUCAGUUUGGAAGAACAAAAAUUUUCUUCAGAGCAGGACAGGUUGCUUACUUAGAAAAACUGCGAUCAGAUAAACUGAGACACGCAUGCAUCAUGAUCCAAAAGAGUAUUCGAGGCUGUCUGCAGCGAAAGAAAUUCCUUCGCAUAAAACAAGCAGCUAUUAUAAUACAGCAGUAUUUCCGGGGGCAGCGGACUGUACGGCAAGCUAUAACUGCAAGAACGCUGAAGCAAACAUGGGCAGCUAUAAUUAUUCAGAAAUACUGUCGGGGUUACCUGGUCCGUAGACUUUGCCAGCUUAUCCAUGUGGCUGCUGUAACAAUUCAAGCUUAUACAAGAGGAUUUCUAGCAAGAAAAAAAUAUCGGAAGAUGCUUGAAGAACACAAGGCUGUGAUCCUUCAGAAAUAUGCCCGUGCGUGGCUGGCUAGGCGCAGAUUUCAGAAUAUUCGGCGGUUUGUAUUGAAUAUCCAACUUUCAUACAGAGUUCAGCAACUGCAGAAAAAGAUAGAAGAACAGAGUAGAGAAAAUCAUGGUUUGCUGGAACGACUGACCAGUCUGGCUUCAACUCAUAUGAAUGACGUGGAUACAAUCCAGAAACUCGAAUUAGAUCUUGAAAAGUUAACAGCUCAAAAGCGAACAUAUGAAGAGAAGGUGAAAAAAUAUAAAGAGGACAGUGAACAGAAAAUCUUAAAACUUGAGAAUCAAAAUAAAGAAUUACAAGAACAGAAAGAGACCUUAGAAAUAAAACUCGAAGAAAAAACUGAGGAAAUGAAAGAGAAAAUGGAUGACCUCACGAAGCAACUCUUCAAUGAUGUACAAAAAGAAGAAAGUCAGAGAAUGAUACUUGAGAAAAAUUUCCAAAAUCAGAAGCAGGACUAUGAAAAGCAGAUUGAAUUGCUCAAGGGAGAAAUUAAGAUUCUGAAAGAAGAAAAAACUCAGCUGCAACAUCAAAUUCAGCAAGAAAUUGUCAUUCAGGAUGGCUUGAAAAUGGAAGUAGGACAACUUACAAAACAAGCACAGAAAAUACCUGAGUUGCAAAAGGAACUUGAACUGCUGCAGACACAGAAAUUGGAUGUUGAAAAGCAGGCCCAGUCACAAAAGAGAGAAUUGAGGGAAAAGAUGUCAGAAGUUACAAAACAGCUUCUUGAAAGUUACGAUUUUGAAGAUGUAAGAAGCAGACUCUCUAUGGAGGAUUUGGAACACUUAAAUGAGGAUGGAGAACUGUGGUUUGCUUACGAGGGCUUGAAAAAAGCUACAAGAGUAUUGGAAGGUCAUUUCCAGUCUCAGAAAGAAAUAUAUGAAAAGGAGAUUGAAGGUUUGAACUUCAAAGUUGAACAUCUUAGCCAAGAUAUUAAUCAUCUACAAAAAUUAUUUAGAGAGGAAAAUGACAUAAAUGAUGGUAUUCGACUUGAAGUUAGCAGGCUAACUUCAGAAAACCUGGUGAUCCCAGAUCUUAAACAGCAAGUUUCUGAACUUGAAAAUCAAAAAUUAGAUCUUGAAAAUCGUCUCCAAGAAAUGACCCUAAAGUUGAAAGGUAAAGUACCAGUCAUUCAGUUCUAUGGUUUGGAUGUCUGCAAGUGUAUUCAAAUAAAUGAGGCACAGAAUGAAACAGGCAUAAAAGAAGAAGACAGAAUGAAAGUCACAACCCAAGAAAUUGAGGGGCUGGGGAAUGGUUUGAUGCAAGAUGAAAUCCAGGAUGAAGUAAAAAGCAAGAUGAAGCAAGAAACAACUCGACUUACUGUGGAAAACAUGGAUCUUGAAGAAAAGCUAGACAUGAAAGAUAGAAUAAUAAAAAAAUUGGAAGAUCAGAUCAAAACUCUUACCAAGCCUAUUGAAAAAACUGAAACUCGUGUGCCAACUUUGUCCAAGGAGUACAUUGGAAUGAUGGAGUAUAAAAAAGAGGAUGAAGAAAGGAUCAUUCGAAACCUGAUCCUCGAUUUAAAGCCACGUGGAGUUGUAGUUAAUAUGAUACCUGGCCUUCCAGCUCACAUCCUAUUUAUGUGUGUGAGGUAUGCAGAUUAUCUGAAUGAUGCUGACAUGCUGAAAUCUUUCAUGAAUGUUACCAUUGAUGGUAUCAAACAAGUUGUUAAGGAAUUUAUGAAGUGUAACACUCCACGUCAGAAUAAGAACUGUUUGAAGCACUUCGAUCUCUCAGAAUACAGACAAAUUCUUAGUGAUUUGGCCAUUCGUAUCUAUCACCAAUUCAUUACUGUAAUGGAGAACAACAUUCAGCCCAUGAUCGUACCAGGCAUGCUGGAAUAUGAAAGUCUUCAGGGAAUUUCUGGCUUGAAACCUACAGGGUUCCGUAAACGUUCUUCUAGUAUAGACGACACAGAUACCUACACAAUGACCUCUAUCCUGCAACAGCUCAGCUAUUUUUAUAGUACUAUGUGCCAGAAUGGCUUGGACUCUGAGCUUCUAAAGCAGGCAGUGAAGCAGCUUUUCUUUCUGAUUGGCGCUAUCACCCUCAAUAGUCUCUUCCUCCGCAAGGACAUGUGCUCUUGUAGAAAAGGAAUGCAGAUAAGAUGUAAUAUCAGCUACUUGGAAGAAUGGCUUAAGGACAAGAAUCUUCAAAGCAGCAAUGCCAAAGAAACUUUGGAACCUCUAUCUCAAGCAGCCUGGCUCCUUCAGGUCAAAAAGAUCACAGAUGACGAUGCCAAGGAAAUAUGUGAACACUGCACAUCUCUUUCUACUGUGCAGAUAGUUAAGAUUCUCAACUCAUACACUCCGAUAGACGAUUUUGAGAAAAGAGUAACUCCAUCAUUUGUUCGUAAAGUCCAGGCUAUGCUAAACAAUCGUGAGGAAGUUCCACAGUUGAUGGUCGAUACCAAAUAUCUCUUUCAACGCUCUCGAACCACAAAGAUGUGUGACCAGACCUUUUUAGCAAUUGUAUUUGGUCCAUGUGACAAGUGCUCCAAAGAGAAGCCCCUUAGGGCUGUUUACAUCAAAUCAGAACAACUCAGCUACUGCUCGCUAUGUGUGGAAAUG